AUGCAGGCACAUUUUGCACAUCCUUUUCAAGCAGCUAUAGCAGCAGCAAUGGCUUUAUCGAAUACAUCAUCAGCUUCAUCAACAUGUGAAAGUCAUAUUUUAACACCAGUUCAUCACAUAGAAACAAAAAAUGAAUGGAUGGAAGCUAUUGAACAACAACAUUUAGAAAGAUCGACAUUAAAUCGAUUGAUUAUUAAUUAUCUUAUUACGGAAGGAUUUAAAGAUGCAGCUGAAAUAUUUGCUGAGGAAGCUGGAAUAUCAUUAAAUAAUGUUGAUUUAACAUUAGUUGAUGAACGUUUAAGGAUUCGUGAAGCAAUUGAAACUGGAAGAAUUCAAGAUGCAAUUUGUUUAAUUAAUAAAAAAGCACCUGAAUUACUUGAUCAAAAUAAAGAAUUAGGAUUUCAUUUAAAACAACAAAGUUUAAUUGAAUUAAUUCGUUUAAAUUUAAUUGAUGAAGCUUUGACAUAUGCACAAGUUCAUUUAGCUGAAUUUGCUGAAGAUGAUAUUAAAAUGCGACAAGAAUUAGAAAAAACAAUGGCAUUAUUAGUUUUUGAUAAACCACUAGAAUCUCCAUAUGGUUAUUUAAUGGAAACAUCACAUCGACAAAUUAUUGCCAAUCAAAUAAAUAAUGCUUUACUUAUUUAUCAAAAUCAACAAUCAGAAUCAGAUUUAUCAAUGCUUGUAAAAAUGGUUGAUUAUAUUGAAGAUAAAUUAGAUAAGAAAUCUUUACGUUAUCCAAAACUAGUCGAUAUAUCGACAGGAAAAUUAGAAGAUUCAUAA